AGUUUGUACAUUUGAGUUUGCAUGUCGCUGUUGUGGUUCAAGGAGUUUGAGUUAAUAUUUUGGUUCUUUGAUUUUGGUUGUGAAUUUCCAUAUUUAUUAUAAUUCGCUUUGGUGGUGAAUUUAAUUGGUGAUUUACGCCCAUACAAAAAAUAUCCUAAUAAAUUAUACAAUAUAAUCACCGCGCUUAUGUAUGCCAAGUACGUAAUAUUCAUCCAUGGCAGUUUGAAUGGAUCAUAAGGAAUUUAAUGUCAGUGCGAUAUUAUUUUUUUAGCUUUCGAAAUAUGUCUCACAAAGUAUUUGUCUACGGUACAUUAAAACGGAACGAGCCCAAUCAUCACUGGCUGACUGAUCCCAAUAAUGGUGUGGGGAAGUUUAUAGCUGAAGGAACCACAAAGAACAAAUACCCACUUAUAAUAGCUACAAAGUAUAAUAUCCCAUUCUUACUAUUCAGCCCGGGCAAUGGGCAUUAUAUAAAAGGUGAAGUGUAUGAAGUAGAUGAUUUGAUGCUUAGUAAACUGGAUAUUUUGGAGGAUCAUCCCGACUUCUACAUAAGAGAGAUUGAUGACAUACUAGUAAAAAAAGAAAAUGAAACUCAAACUUUGAAAUGCUGGGUAUAUUUUAUAAAGAACUUCAAGCCGGACUUGCUGCAGCGGCGUAGUAUGGACAACUACUCAUCCCACGGAAACCAUGGACUGCCAUAUAUGGAGAGGUCUAAACGAGAUCCUACAUACAAUCAUAAGGCUGAGUUGACUGAAUGAUGCAAUAAUGAGUCAACUCUUGAAGAUUUAAAUGGUGCCUGACCUGUGAUGGAGAAAUAUAGAUAAUUAUUCUAAUUUUAUAAACCAUUCCUAUAAUAAUAAAUAUUUAUAUUAUGUUCUAUUUACAUUUGUUAUUAAAAAUGUUUUAUUAUUA